CGCGCGCAGGAUACGCGUCUGGCUUCGCUCGCGACGCAGAUCUGUUUCCGCCGGAAGUCCAGUGAGCGGAGAGAAGCACUUCCUGGAGAGUGUUUGUGCUGCUGCUGCUUGAGUGUUUGUGUUGUUUAGUCUCUCAGACUCGCUGUUUUUCUCUCUUUAUCAUGGUUUAUUCUCGUGUUGGUGUCUGCUGUCCGCGCUGACUGCUGUCCGCUCUGGUAUGGAGUCUCCAGCGGUGGAUGAUGAUAUCUGUAUCCUGAAGCAUGAGACGGCGUAUGGGCCGCCCGAGAGCCCCGUGUCCGUGUGCGCCGGAGACGAGUCGGUGGCGUCUCACUUCGCUCUGGUCACUGCCUACGAGGACAUCAAGAAGAGACUCCGCGACACGGAGAAGGAGAACGGCCUGCUGCGCCGGAGAGUCAAGCAGCUGGAGGACAAGCAUUUCCGUCCCGAAGCGCCUCCGUCUGAAGGACCGCAGUACAUGAACAAAGCCUUCAGUGCGUACCGCGGUAUCUACAUAGAGAAGGAGGACUUACAGAUGGAGCUCAACAAAGUGAAAAAAGAGAAGCUGGAUUCAGAGAGGCUUCUGACGGAGCAGCUGCAGGCCAAAGAGCUGGAGCUUCUGCAGCUCAGAUCAGAGAUGGAGACGAGCCAAGUGAUGAAGAGUCUGACGGAUACGGCCGAUUACUGGCAGGUGGACCGACGCAGCAGUGAAAUGAAGAUCCACUCUCUGCAGGAGCAGCUGGAGCGCUUGCAGUUAGAGAACGACGCGCUGCACAAGCUCUGCAGGGCCGGACAGGAUGUUUGUGAAAACUGUGUAGUUGAUGAAGAUCAGUCUCAUGAAGUUCUGACAGACAUCAGGGCGAUGGCCAUCGUUCAGUCGUAUCAGGACAUCCUCAGUGAAGUGUCCCGUAUGCAGUCAGCCGUUCGCUCUCAGACGGAGCUGGUGAGGAAGAUGAGAGACAGACCAGCGCUGCCCGUCUUCAGACGAGCUGCUUCAACUGUUCCAGUGCAGUGCCUGGAUGAUGUGCAGAGGAGCAGCGUCCCUCGUCCUCCCAGCGCGCCUCCGCUGCCCUCGGCCUCCGACGGCCCCCAGGAGCCCUGGCCCAUGCCGCGUCCGGCCCCGCUGGGGAGCCCUGGCGUGCGGCUCAAUCCUCCUCUGCGCAUGAGCUCGCUGGACGACAGCUCCUGGUCCUUCCCCAGCCCUCCUCGACCCAGUGAUGCUCUGUUCUGGGACCAAACCAAGCCCAAGAGCCCCGCCGGCGACUGGGCCCAACCCUACUGAGUCCCGGCCCCGGCCCUCCACACCUUACCUGCCUUAACACACACAUCCCUCUCUGGAUGAUCCCGGAUGAGCAAAUACCUCGAGCAGACUGGGACGGAGAAACCCUUGAGCAGAUGCGUUUCUGACUAGGGUUGGGUAUCGUUUGAUCUUUAUCAAUUCUGAGUCCGAUUCUUAUCAAUUCCCAAAAAUGUCAAACAUAUUUGUGACCCUGGACCACAAAACCAGUCAUAAGGGCUAAAAGCUGAAUAAACAAGCUUUCCAUUGAUGUAUGGUUUGUUGGACAAUAUUUGUCUGAGAUGCAACUAUUUGAAAAUCUGGAAUCUGAGGGUGCAAAAAAAUCUAAAUAUUGAGAAAAUCACCUUUAAAGUUGUUCAAAUGAAGUUCUUAGCAAUGCAUAUUACUAAUCAAAAAUGAAGUUUGAUAUAUUUAUGGUAGGAAAUUUACUAAAGAUUUUCAUGGAACAUGAUCUUAAUAUCCUAAUGAUUUUUGGCAUAAAAGAAAAAUGUAUAAUUUUGACCCAUACAAUGUAUUGUUGGCUAUUGCUACAAAUAUAGCUGUGCUGCUUAUGACUGCUUUUGUGCUGCAGGGUUAAUUGCAGCUGAACACCAUGAACAAAAAAUCAGCCGGCUACAUAUAUUGACUUGAUUAAGAGAUGUUUGUGUGCAAAAUAGAGCUGCAUGAUUCUGGAUAAAUUGCGACUUUUAAAUGGAGGUUGUGGUUCUCUCACAAUUCUGAAGAAAAAACUUUAGACAACUAAACAAAAUCUCAAGGAAUGUAUGAAUGGAAUGAUUCAAUGACUCACUCAAGAUUCGCUCAUUUCAUUACUGAAUGAAUCAGUGUUUUUGAAUGAAUUUUUUUGAAGACAUAUACAUUUUUAACAGCCCCUUUUCGAAUUGCCAGGUGGAAUUGAAUUUUUAAUUUGACCGAUUCUGGAAUUGGAAUUGAUUUUUGAUUCCCAACCCUAUUCCUGACCUGAAAUUGUGAUUCACUGUCUCCUAUAGGCUUGUGUUUUAUCUCCUGGGUCGAGUCGAUUCUAUUAAGCGUAACGGAUCCUGUCUUGUAUUUAUGAAUGUGUAAAGGGAAGGUUUUAGUAGCUCAAGCACUCCUCAAAGGUUGUUUCUUUAGAAACACGUCUGUCGUGUGUUGAUGCCCGUACCAUACUGCUGUUCAAAUCAGAGAAAAUGAUGUUUUAGUGUUUAGAUUUAGUCAAUAAAUGAGUGGAUCUGUAGGCGGCGGGUGUGUAUGUGCAAGUUAUUUAGCUUUAAACAGGGUCUCACAGUCAACCUGGAAAUUUCUAUAUUAAAAAGUCUUUCUGUAGUAAAUGAUUUGCUCUUUUUAGGGGCCAAGCACUUGUUGUAUCUGUUAGUUUUCGUAUUCAUUCUUCUUCUGCUAAGGAAGUCUGUGGCUGCCCAUAGAAUCGCUUGCGGGAAAGUUGUGAAAUUUGGCACACAGAUAAAGGACAGUCUCAACAUUAAUCACACCAAGUUUGGAGUCUCUAACUCAAACCCUCUAGCGCCACCAACAGCUCAAAGUUGCACGCAUGUUUAUGCUAAUAAUAAUAAUUCAGAAUUCCUCUUAAAAACAAAAUUCCUCCGAUUUCUUGGCUCGAUUUGAUUGCACACUAUGACGUCAUUUCGAAAAUUUUCCCGCCGUUUUGAGUAUUUUGAAUAAUCAUCUUCUUUUCUAACUCCUCUUAGGCCAUUGCUCCAAUUUUCACAAAGUUUGUACCAAAUCAUCUUCAGACCAUGCCGACAAAAAUUGUAUUAGUUUAUUAGUUGAUUAGUGAAACCGUUCUAAAAUAACGUGUGCACGAAUUUCACGAAGAGCAUGCCAAAAUGGACGCGAGGCUGUAUCUUCAUCUUUAGCAUAUUUAAACCAAACUUGGUGUGUUAUAACGACCAUGAUCUGAAGUUACCUGCACAGUUUUGACAAGGCGCCACCUAGUGGACAGGAGUUUUGAAAAUUUAUAUUUUUAAUUAUAACUUCUGAACGAUUUGGCCAAAAAUCACAAGAUUGGUCAUUUUACCUUCGUGACGACGUACCAAGUUGAAAGAUACCCAAUAUUCCCAUGUCAGCCAUUUUGAAUUUUAUCGUAAAAUGCUGUUUUUUACGAAUGCAUUGGUGUAUUGUUACAAAACUCGGUGUGUAUCUUCGGCACCAUGCCCUGAAGGUACUCAGAAAGCUUUGGGCAAUUAUAAUAUCAUUUAAAGAAAAAUACUUUUAUUAACUUUUGAAUAGUUUUGCCUACUAGUCUUAGAUUAUGCUGAGAACGUUAAUACCAAUUAUACCAUAAUUGGCCGAACUUCCUGUCCGCCGUUUUAAUUCCUCAGAAAUUUUUUUUUCGUACUUCUAGACCAUUGGUCCGAUUUUCACCAAAUUCUACUCAGAUCAUCUUCAGGUUAUGCUGGCAAGUUUGUGUCGAUAGACAGAACAAAUUUCAUUUACCGCAUUAACGAAUUUGCUGGCAUGGUGCCAAAUUGCAUCCGAGGCUGUAUCUCUGCAAAGCUUCGACAUACUGACACCAAAUUUUAUGUGUCAUUGUCACCUCACACUGACCAUGCCACAUCAAUUUGAUAACAGCGCCACCUAGUGGUCAAAAGCGAUAAACCAUUAAAUCAUAUUUGUAGUGAUUGCAUUUGCUUUUUUUCUGCUAUUUUGACUGAAAUGAUCUUAAAAUGUCUUUAAUCACUAGUUCUUGUGGUUGAUCUGAUGCUCGCUGCCUUGCUUAGCUCCUCACUCCACACUGUAUUUCUGAUUCUCGCAAUUCUUGAAAAAUCAGAAACUAAAGCUGUGGGAACCCUGUUUAAAGUCGACAUGAAACAAGCCAUUUUACUUCAGUAAUCCGAUGAGUAUUUAUUAAGAAAAUUGGAUUUUAUUCAUCAGAAAUCGAUCAAAUCUGAUUGGGUUUCGUCUAAAUUGUACGUGUUGAUGAAUGAUUACAAAAACAAUGUUUAUUUUUUUCUUUAUAAUAAUGUGCACUGAUGCAUCAUUUAAAGUAAUUUUUGCAUUCGAAGAUGUUUGUAAAAGUAUACAUGGCCAAAAUCUGAGACCUUAAAGGCAUUAGUAAUGUACAGAGACACAAGCAGUCUGUGUUUCUAAAGACGGACGAGUGUUUGUCACAGAUCACAGUAAAAUGUUUCGUCUCGAUACUAAUUGCAUUCUGUCAUGUUAAAAGAAAUGUGAAGCACAAAGUUGAUGAAAAAUCGAUUGUAUGUGUAUAUAAACUUCUAGUAGUGCUACAGGCCGGACUUUGAGAAACAAACUGGUAUCAAAGGUUGUCUUGUGUUUAAAAGCUUGUAAUGCAUUUGCCGAUUUGAUUUGACAGCUGUCAUGUGACCACAAUCCUCAUCACGGAGAGCCAAUCCGCAGAUGGACACUGGAAACGUUUGGAAGUUUGAUUUGACGUGAAACAUGUUCGGCUCUACUGCGACAGAUCUGUGAACCAAAAUGCAAUGUACAGUAGAUUAUUUUUUAGGAUUAUUAAUCCUGAAAAAAUUGUAAAUAUUCAAUAAAUGAAUUCAUGUGAACAUU